AUGGGUGAUACAGAAUCUCCAGAAAGCAUACUCAACUCCUGGUACAACCACCUGUCGCCAUCCAGAGUCGACCUGAUUGGUGAUAUUGCUGGUAAAGAGCCAUUCCUCAUCCAUGGCGAGUCGCUAAUUCGGCACUGUCUUGAAGAAUCGCCGGCUAAUUUCCAGGAUGGAUUCCAGUUAUUACAUGCCGUAUACUUUGUUGAGAGAUUUCUCAGCAACUUACAGAGGAGAGGCUGCGAUUUCGAUGUCGUAUUCUUCCGAAAUCUUCGAGAUCUUUGUGUCCCUUACAAUUCCGGCUGGGAGUAUAAAUAUCAGUUGGCAAGAACGAUUAUCAUCAAACAUCUCCAAAGAUAUGCGCAGAAGUGUGCAAAAAAUGGCGCCAGAGCAUCUGUUUUGGAGUUUGACUCGCCAUUUGGUAAAGAAUUUGCAGAUUAUCUGAAUGGGCUGCCCAUUCAUUUCGUCCUAUGUCAUGAUGGAGUCGAAUACCAGGUCAAAGAUACGAUCGCAUUGCGCUAUAUGAUCCGUUACUUGAUAUCCAAGGGUAAGAAUGUAGCCGUUAUCAAUGCCUUAAAGUGGAAGAGUUCAAAGGCAUACGCGCCCUUAUUGAGCAGGUCAUCUACACCACUGAUGCCCAUUCCGGUCAAACGGGAGUUUGAUUCACCAUUUAAACCGCUGUUUGAUCUAAAGGAUGGGCGGAUUCAACCAUUGGUCUAUGAAACCAAUAACCUGACCGUUAGAGAGCAUCUGGGCAUAGCCGCCUGCCUUUCUUUACUUCGUAUGCAAAAGGAUGGCUUGACGAAUGAAGAACAUUUCGAUAUUCAAGAGAGAAUUCGAGCAUUCCUCCUUCAUCUCGCUGUACUAAAACACUGUACCUUGCUUGAGCGUCAGCACUGGGUCGUCUCGCAGCAACGCCAUCCGCAUCCUGAAGACGACAAAUUCCUGCAUCACGUCAUUGAGAUUUCGUGGGUAUUGCUGGAGAAUGACAAAUGGAUGACCAAUUUGAACAGUACUGAUGAAAACUGGGAUCUAUAUGAUGCCUUUGACGGUUUCUUGUUUCAUUUCAUUCUUAAAAGUCUAAGGGCUGCAGAGUGGCUUCCAAAUCAGAUUAUUCAGUCCUGGCAGCAUCUUUGGUCGGCUUUUCGUUCAGGAACUGAUGCAGAUUUCUCAGAGAACCUGCCUGAACUUAGCAACCCUGCGGAUGAAUUCUUGCCAAGAGACUCAAAUGAUGAAGAGGUCUCGGCUCUGCCAUUUAGCCACCCUGUACUAAACGGCUUUCUCCAAGACAUCAAACUGAAAGAGAGCCAAGAUGUACAGGACUCCUCCUCCAGUUCUGUCUUUGAAGAUCUCCAUCAUUGGCAUAAUACGAAGCUGCUCAUACCAACUCGGAAAAUCGAAAGGCUUGGCUUUUUUGCAAGGAAAAAAAAGCAAGGCCUUUUGGCUAGCAUGGUGGCACACUCUGCGAGUCUGACAAACGCAAAGGGCAAGCUGAUUGAUCCCGAAAUCAUUAUCGUGAAGAAACAGAAAGCCACAAAGAAGCCUAAGAAUAACAAGACUGAUGUGAAUAAUAGCGGCAGGCCUCAGUCUCAGCCUCUGCCUCAGCCUCUUUCCAAGAAGCCAGGGCGUAACGCAAGCAAACCAGGUGGUAAAGAGAGUGCAUUUAGAGCCGCCCAGGAGGUUCAAGAGCAAAAGGCAUCCGCCAAGCGAAAUAAUACCGUCACACUAUGGGGUUUGAAGUGCUGGGAUCUUGAAAAAGAGCAUAGUUUGCUAGAUCGCUACCUCAAAGCCCUGAAAUUCCUUACAGAACGAACCAAAGCCGACAAAGUAGCGUUGGGGUCCGAAGUGCACCUUUACCUUUGCCAUAUUCUCGGGCAGCUGUGGGCAAAGGCCCGAGAAAAUGCGAAUGCAGAUCCUAAUACCAAAUCAUACCUGAUUGCCAUUAUCUGGAGAUGGCUUCAAGAAAUGCGGAAUACAGAGGUCUCCAAGGAAGUGCAUCAAUCAGUGCAGAAGUUGACAAAUUACCUCGAAAUACCAUGCCCUGCACUCAUAGCUGGCAGCCAAACACAGAAAAUGUCUUUCAAAUUUGACUAUAGCCCUAUCAAGGGCAUGAAAAAGAUCAUGUCAAACUACCGCGAGAUGCAACUUGAAUACGCGGCCCCAUAUAUGGAUCGAAGCUUUGACUCUCGGCAAGACCAAAGAGUGCUGUUUGACCCCGACGGCUGGCAAGUCAAAGUUCUCGAUUCAAUUGAUGCCAAUAACAGCCUCCUUGUUAUUGCGCCAACGUCUGCGGGUAAAACGUUCAUCUCAUUCUAUGCCAUGAAGAAAAUACUUGAGGAAAGCGACGACGGAGUUCUGGUAUAUGUUGCGCCAACCAAAGCUCUCGUGAACCAGAUUGCUGCCGAAAUUGGAGCGCGCUUCACCAAGUCUUAUCAUAAACAGGCGGGAAAAUCGGUUUGGGCAAUAUAUACUCGAGAUUACCGACUACACAGCCCAACCGGAUGUCAAAUAUUGGUGACUGUGCCGCAUAUGCUGCAGAUACUCUUGUUGGCGCCAACAAAUGCCAAAGGGCCAAAUGCUUGGUCCAGACGUAUCAAGAGGAUCAUCUUCGACGAGGUCCAUUGUAUCGGCCAGGAUGCCGAUGGCGUUGUCUGGGAACAGCUGCUUCUGUCGGCUCCAUGCCCAGUCAUUGCCCUCUCGGCAACGAUUGGAAAUCCUGAACCGUUUCGAGAAUGGCUAUCACAGGUUCAGCAAAAGAAGGGGCUGAAAUUAGACAUGGUGGUGCACACGGCGAGAUAUUCAGACCUCCGAAAAUUUAUUCAUGUACGCCAAGAGCGCGACUCGUUUCAGGGGCUUCGUCGCAAUAAGUCGCUUCCUGUUCCUGGACUAGACGAAGGCGAAAAAUGUUGUGCUAGUGUACAGUUUAUCCAUCCCGUAGCUGCUUUGACUGAAAGGGCUCGUACUGCGCUUGAUGAUCUUUCUCUAGAGGCGAGAGAUUGCCUACGUUUGUGGGAAAGCAUGAAAAAGGUUCUUUCAGACGAAGAUGUCGUCAAGUUUGGCGUUCCCGAUCCAUCCACCAUUCUCCCCGAGACAAUAUCCAAGUCGGACGUCCUUCGGUGGGAGAUGGAGCUAAAAGGAGCUCUUCGACGCAUCAUAGAGAGCCGAGACUCGGCCUUUCAGAAUGUAAGAAAGCUGCUUGAACCACCUCUGGCUACAGAAAAGAAACGACCUUCCAAGCCCGAGGCUAGAUACAUUGAUGAUUUGGAAAGCAUGUUUGACUUGGCUGUCGAUCUGUAUAACCAAGGCGCUCUGCCUGCUCUAGUUUUUCACUAUGACACUCAUGGGUGCGAGGAUAUUGUGAGGCUGAUGCUCAGCAAGCUCGUCAAUACUGAGAAGAAUUGGAAAAAUGAAUCAUCCGAGUGGGCUCAAAAAUUAAAAGAUUUUGAGGCUUGGGAAAAGGCGAAGAGCCUUCAACAGAGAAAGAAACCGGUCCAAAGAACCAAAGGAGAUGCCAGCGACGGCUCUAGGACUUCCAAACUAGAGCAGUUACGCGAGGAAGCAGACGCUGAUAUUAGUCCUUGGGAAAGUUUCAAGCCAGAUGAUCCAUUGGAGCAGUUCAACUUUGCAGACACGACCAAGAUGCAAAUGUCAGAAGUGCUGGAAAUGAUGGCAUCUCUGCAGGGCCGAGUCAGCCAUUGGCUAUUAAGCGCCCUUGGACGUGGUCUGGGCGUACAUCAUGCCGGUCUGAACCGAGAGUAUCGCCAAACGGUUGAAGUAAUGUUUCGCAAGGGGUAUCUGAGGCUUGUUGCUGCAACCGGCACGCUUGCUCUCGGUAUCAACAUGCCCUGCAAGACUGUAGUCUUCCAUGGCGACUCUGUAUUUCUCACUGCCCAAAACUUCAGGCAGGCAUCGGGUCGUGCUGGUCGCAGAGGCUUCGACCUUCUAGGGAACAUUGUGUUCAACAGAAUACCACGAGAGCGUGUAUAUGAAAUCAUGUCGGCGCGGCUCCCGGGUCUCAAUGGACAGUUUCCCAUAUCUACCACGCUUAUCCUCCGAUUGUUCUCGCUCCUUCACGGAUCUGAGAACUGCACAUUUGCAGUGAACAUGGUCCAAUCACUGCUUUCACAGACACGUCUGUACCUUGGUGGGCCAGAAUCGGAGAUGUCGAUCAAACACCAUGUCCGAUUUUCUAUUGAAUACCUUCGGAGACAGAAUUUGCUUUCGGCUACUGGCAUCCCUAUCAAUUUUGCCAGUAUAAUAGGUCACUUAUAUUUCAUGGAGAAUGCGGUAUUUGCCUUUCAUUCGCUUUUGAGAGGUGGUUAUUUCCACGAGCUCUGCUCGGAUAUUUAUAUAAACCGCGAUAGAGUGCUCUUGGAAAUGAUGUUGGUCUUGUCACACCUAUUUGUUCGAGUACCAGCCAAGCGUACCAAAAGGAUGGUUGAGAUUGCUCAAACAUCUUCGUCUGUCAUUUUUCUCCCGCCACUUCCGGAGAAGGCUGAAAAUCUCCUUUUGCGACAUAAUGAAGAAACUCUCUCCAUAUUCAAGAGAUACGUACAGUCAUAUGUCAGCCAUAGUCUGAAAGAUACGAGGGAUCGAGUGUUGCCGUUCACUCAGACAGCAGUAGGCCAGGAGAAGCCAGUCCAUUGGCUCGAUGCCGACUACGAGGCUUCCAGGAUGGUAAGAUCUCCCUUUGUUGCCUUGUCUAGAAGUACAGACAACUUCAAGACAGUUCAUGAUUUAUGCCAGACUGUUCGUGGAGAUGUAUUCUUGGAAGAGUCGGCCAUCCCAUCGAUACCUAUCUGGCCGCAUGAUACGGACGUGGAAUUCAACGCUCACUUGUACGACUUUUACAAGCACGGUAGCGCGCUUGUUUUGGCGAGGGAUAAUGGUAUUCGACCUGGAGAUGUAUGGUAUCACCUCAAAGAAUUCUCUCGCACCUUGUCUACCAUCAUUAGCAGUCUCACCGUCUUGAUGGAUGCUAGUGAGAUGGAUCUAGAAGAAGAGUUUGAAGACUUUGAGAAUGAAGCAGAAAUGAUGCCUUCGGAUGGAUACGCCAGCUCUGAGCUUGAUGGCGGCAGCAGCACUGAGACACCACCGUCUUCUUUUACCAUGUAUGGCUGGGAUAAAGACGGCGAUGCGACUGGAGCAUAUCGAAAAGGUGGUAGUCUUUAUAAAGUGCUUCAGGCCUUUAUCAUGUUGAGAGAGGAGUUUGAUGCCAAGUUCUACAGAAUGUGGGCGUAA